UUUUGCCGUCCAUCAUGGCGAAGGGGGCGGUCACAUGAGUGGCGUGACAUCACGUGCAAAGGGUCAAUAGCAAGAGGUUAGAGGUUCAAUGUCGGUGAAAUGUGUGUUUUACCGCGGGUGUCGGAAACCAAUGCUCUGGCGCAGCGCGUCACCUCCCGAUGCGUCGGAAACAAAUGCUUGGUCACCCAGCGCCAUUCUUCAAUGCUUUGGGUGUGAGAACGUGUCAUCAAAUGCAUACAGCUGAGGUGGUUAAUUUUCCAGGCAUGUCCUACUGGAACAAGCCCUUAGAACAGACUGAACCCUCAUGAAGGGAUUGUAUGUCCUCUUUGAUUUGGGAAUGCCACUGAGGUAAAGAGUUAAUGAGGAAAGGGAUGUGAACCCUUUCACCUCCCGACCAUGGAAAAGAGGGGAAAAUGGAUGGAAUGGAAGCUACUACACGCAGAACCCUGAGGAUGAGUGGGAUCCUCUAUCACUUUCAUCAGGAUUUCACAGGAUUUCCCACUCCAGCUGGGGUCACUGGUCAGCUACUCUCCUGCUAGUGAGAGGGUGUCACACUCUAAUCAGCUAAUGAAUCCAGAACACCUGCAAAGGGUUCCUGAGCCUUUCGAUGGUCUCUCAGUCUAAGCUGGAUUACUGACCUAAAUGGACUUCAGCAUAUUGUUUCCAGUUUCACCUGUAACACCACAUCAGUGGGUGUUUUUGAUCUAAAAUCACUGAAAAAGCUUGUUGUGGUCCACUCAGCGUGGUGAAGCUGGUGAUGCAACCUCUCAGCGUGUUGCUGCUGGACUUUAGGCAGCGGUGAGUUUCCUGUGUGACGUGUACGACCUGCACAGCUGCAGUCAUGUAAACACACUCUCUGCCUUAUAAAUCAGUUUCACCCACUCCUUCCUUUCUUCUCCUCUCGCAAACAGUCACACGUCAAAUAAGAUAAACACCAUAAAGUCCCAAAACACAGAGCAUCACUUCCUGGAAAAUGAUUUGAAAUUUUGUGUUUUAGAUGACUGAGAUUGAUGUGCUUGUGUUGCACGUUCAAUCACUGCUCUGGAAGUCGCCCGCGGUAACAGUAAGUGCUUCACGUGAUGAAGAUUUUUUACAGAUAGUCGUAAAAUCUUUUUUUUGAAAGCACUUGUGCUUGUUGGAAUGUCAUGGAUGUGAUUCUUCUUCUGGAAAGUGAAAUAUUUGGCUUUGAUUCAAGUAUUUAGUCAAAGAAAUCAAGUUAGAUGUAAAGAUAAACAUUUGUUGUGUUACUUAACAUGAUUUUUAUGUAACCAGAGUGAGAAAACGUCUUCCUCUGAGCAUGCAUGUCGAGGUGUCUGACUCAUUCUUACCAUCAUGAAGUUGGACCUCCUUCUCCAAACUCCUCUAUAAAGGCACCGGACUUCCUCCUCUUCAGAAGUCGCUCAAACAGCUGCGACUUUUUUAUUUUUUUCACUUUUGUGGUCUAUUUAUUUGUAUUUAUCAAAUAUUUCUAUUUAUUAUUUAUUUCCUGUCAUUUCCUUUACAAAAUGCUUUUGUUCCCGAAUACUCAGUUUUGUCUCUCUUUCUCCCUUUUCCUAAUCCUUCCACUUCCCUUUUCACUUUCGUUUUAUGUUCCUGAAUCCAAUCCACUGCUGUCGUUUAACAGUCAGGUCAGAGAGGUGCAUCUCUUUACAGAAAACCACAGACGUGGGAUGUUCCUGCAGAUAAACCUGGAUGGGAGAGUGAGUGGAAGUGAUGCCCAGACUGCUUUUAGUGUGCUGCAGCUGAAAUCAGUGAAACCAGGUCAUGCUGUCAUUAAGGGACAGUCGUCGUCUUUGUUUCUCUGCAUGGACAGUGGAGGACAUCUCAGAGGACAGAGCGUGUAUGAGGAGGCUGACUGCUCCUUCAGAGAGCUCCUGCUAGCUGAUGGAUACACCCGAUUCCUGAACUCGCAUCAUGGGAUUCCCAUCUCUCUGGCGUCCAGAAAUUCCAAGGAUCAACACUCGGUGCCUUUCACUCGAUUUCUCCCUCUCAGGAAUAUGUUACCAGUGGAGGGGAUCUCUGAGGAUCCAGUAAAUCAUCAGAGGGGCAUCAACGUGGAGUCAGACGACCUUUUUGGGAUGGGACUGAACACCGUCGUCAGUCCUCAGCUGUUAAUGGAAAAGUAAAAUGUGAAUUUGAUCGGAUGUUUCAACUAAUUGUCACUUUAAAUUUAUUUAGUUAGCAUCUAGUCUUUUUUUAUUCUCAACAUGUUUUGUGGUGUAAGUUAUUUAUUUAUUGGUGUUCUGAGUGUUUCUUAUUUAAGAUUUAUUUAAAUAUUAAGACAUUUUGGUUUUGCUUGGUAAAGUAAGAUAUUUAUUGUGUCUGUAUAAAACUGGAUGAUGUUGCAGGAGUUAUUUGGCACUGGUGGUUAGUUUGAUACACUGUAAAAACUAAAAUAUUGUUUUAACUGAAAUCAGUAAGAGGAAAAUGGUUUAUUUUAAAAUUAGAACUUGAAUAAACCCUUUUUGAUAAAUGACUUAUUUGUGUUGUUUGAAUCUUAAAACAUAUAUUCAGCAUGUGUUUUUAAUAACAUUUAUUAACAAACUGAAUUAAUAAUAAUAAUAAUAAUAAUAAUAAUAAUAAUAAUGUUUAUAAAUCAGAAUAUUAGGGAUGUAAGAAAAUACUGAUAUGGCAAUAUACCGUGAUAUUUUUCCUGUGAUAUGAUAUUGAUAUUCAAAAGCCGUGUAUCUAAUAUUGGAAAGAAUUUACAUGCAAACAUUGUGUAUUUUCUUUUUGUUUAGUGCAAUUCAAACACCGACC